UAGCUAGCUAACUGUGAUAGUCCUCAGGAUGGUGAAGAACCUUGUGGCUGGCAAGUGAAAACAGAGGGCAGGCAGAGCGUGUUCAGUACACACGCGAACCUGCUGAAGACCGUUGGAGUAGUGCGUUGUAAAUCGUGUACAUAAGUUUCUGAUAUUAUUCGGGUGCACAUCCAAGCCGCGCGACUUGGAGCCGUUAAACCGAGCAGCGAGUGUAAAUAUCUAUAAACCAACGGCCAACACCGUCUGGAUUGGAACACGGAGCGACAUCAAGUGUUUUCCGCCUGUCUUUCACACAGACGGAGGCUCGACGACUCCGUUUGGGAUUUCCAAGCCGAAUACACCGCAGCACAUCUUAAAAAAACGUAAAGAAGAAAACAAACGGAAUUGCAUUUUUCUAACGGUUUUUCGUAAAUGUAUUUUUUCAGUGGGUGUACAAAUAAUAAUUUUGUAGUAAGAAAGCCCAGUGUAAAUCUAGUGUAAUAACGUAUGUAAAAAAAAAAAGCUAUAGUGAAAAUAAGAAAUACUGUUAUCGGUGAGUUAACGUUAGCAAACGUUAGCUAGCUAUCUGGGCAGAGCUUUUUUAACUGUAGAUAUCGCUGGACUGACGACCUACAAUGUUACAUUCGGGUUUUACUUGAAGAUAUUCACACAACGGUUUGAAAGAAAGACACUGCACCCUUCCCAGCAAGCUCGAAAAAAACUGGUUUAGUGUGUGUUCCUAAGAGCUUGGAAACGUGUGGUUUACUUUCAUUAGUACUGCACCUAAGUGGAAAUAAAGAGCAUGUAGGACAAGGUGAGGAGGAAAGUGAGGACAGAAACAAUUCUCUAAGAGCUGUGUUCUAACCCUGCUGUGCUACUGUAAAGCAUAUAAUAAAAAGGAGACAGGGAGGCAGACAGCAGAGAAAACGUAGGAGAAGGUAACCAGUUUGACCAAAGACGGCCUUCAGUCACCUGCAGCACUGGAUGAACAACCUGAAAGACCAGAAGGGGUGAGUGGGUGACCACUGAAAGAGAGAGAGAGACGGGGACUGACGGAGGAGCAAAGGUUUGGAGGAGGAGGAGGACGCGGGGGAAGUCGAGGUGCAGUGGGAAAGGCCGUUCCCCAUGGCUACUGACCCAGGAGAGCCAACAGGCACUGAGGAAUCCUCUGAAAAACCUGAUGGACAGAGGGAGGACACUGAGCUGGAGGGCAGGGCCAACCAACAGAGGGAGAGGACACAGAGCACCUCCUCAGAUUUCUCCUCCUCCCACGCUCAGGAGAGGAAAGUGACAGGGGAAAAGGUUGGAGGCGGAGGAGGAGGAGAAGUAGGAGGAAAAGGAGUAGGGGAAGCCAGCCAGGAGGGUAAGGAGAACCCAGACAGACCGAUUUCCUUCUCCACGCCCUGCUUACUAGUCGACACUGGCCAGAAACGACUGAGGAGGGAGAAGCGCUUCUUCAGGAAGAGUGUGGAGAUUUGUGAGGAGGACAAUGAGGUGGAGGUUCUCCCAGAGGCGCCCCACAGUGCCCCCCACCUGGAGCUGCAUUCAGACUCAGUCUUCACCAGCAGUGCCCAGCAGCAAGGAGCUGCUUCAUCCUGUGCUGCCAUGGGCCAUGAUCCAUCCUUCCCCAGCUCCAGCCAGGAGCCGGGUAAGGAUGUAUCUUCCUCCGCACCCACCCAAAGGGGGAGGGAGAGGGACCGUGAGCAGGAGGAGGAGGCGGAGAUGAAGGCUGUGGCCACCUCUCCUGGAGGCAGGUUCCUUAAGUUUGACAUUGAACUGGGAAGAGGAGCCUUCAAGACUGUGUAUAAAGGCCUGGACACAGAGACUUGGGUGGAGGUGGCUUGGUGUGAACUUCAGGAUCGCAAGCUGACCAAGGCGGAGCAGCAACGCUUCAAGGAGGAGGCAGAGAUGCUGAAGGGUCUCCAGCACCCCAACAUCGUCCGCUUCUAUGAUUCGUGGGAGUCUGUGCUCCGCGGCAAGAAGUGCAUUGUGCUGGUCACUGAACUCAUGACUUCUGGAACACUCAAAACUUACCUGAAGCGCUUUAAGGUGAUGAAACCCAAGGUCUUGAGGAGCUGGUGUCGGCAAAUCCUUAAGGGGCUUCACUUUCUUCACACCAGGACUCCUCCAAUAGUCCAUCGGGACCUGAAGUGUGACAACAUCUUCAUAACAGGCCCCACAGGCUCGGUCAAGAUAGGUGACCUGGGACUGGCCACUCUUAUGCGGACCUCCUUUGCCAAAAGUGUCAUAGGAACCCCAGAGUUUAUGGCUCCAGAGAUGUAUGAGGAGCACUAUGAUGAGUCUGUUGAUGUCUACGCCUUCGGGAUGUGCAUGCUGGAGAUGGCCACUUCAGAAUACCCCUACUCUGAGUGCCAAAAUGCUGCUCAGAUCUAUCGCAAAGUCACAAGUGGUAUAAAGCCAGCCAGCUUUGAUAAAGUGAAUGACCCAGAGAUCAAAGAGAUCAUUGAAUGCUGCAUUCGUCAGAACAAGAGCCAGAGACUCUCCAUCCGAGACCUCCUGAACCAUGCAUUCUUUGGGGAGGACACAGGGGUCCGGGUGGAGCUGGCAGAGGAGGACACAGGCACCCAGGACUGUCUGGCUCUCCGGAUUUGGGUUGAAGAUCCCAAGAAGCUAAAGGGAAAGCACAAAGACAACGAAGCCAUUGAGUUUAGCUAUGACCUGGAGAAUGAUAGUGCUGAGGAAGUGGCUUUAGAGAUGGUAAAGUCAGGAUUCUUCCAUGAGAGUGAUGCCAAAGUGGUGGGAAAAUCCAUCCGGGAUCGAGUAAAUCUGAUCAAAAAGUCACGGGAGCGUCGACAGCAGCAGCUCCUCCAGCAGCAGCAAGGCUUUGAAGAAAGAAGAGACUCCACUCUCACCUCCUGCACCUUAUCCCAUCCAUCCUGCCCAUCCUCACUGGGGCCAGGGGCAGCUGGACAGACAGGAGGAGGAGGGCAUGAGUCUGGGGAGCCGCCUGAGGUUGACCAGCAUGUCCGACAGCAACACAUUUUCAGUGGGACAAACCCUAGUUUGCCAGCAGGUGAGAGCAUUGGGUCUGCCAGCUGUGAAUCCUAUGCAAGUGGACAGAGCCAGGCGUACUCUCAGCAAGGGCAAACGUACACCCACUCCCAGACUGCUCUCCCCCCUAUAGCAUCUAGCAAUGGCACAUUGGUUCAUCAUCAAAUGCUCCCAAUUGGUGAGAGUGGAAGUGUUCCAAAUGCGCCUAUUGGUCAUAGUUUUAGUAUGUCCAACAUGUCCGUAGGCCAAAGUGGAGGGGGAUCUGUUGGUCAGACAUUUCUUCAGCCCAUUACCAUGGUUACACAGGUAUCACCAAGUCUCCAUCAACAAUAUUUUCAGUCACAAACUUUCCCAUCAGAUGCCACUCCCCAUGGGUCAUUGGCCCACUCACAGUCAUACAUACAAGCACCCAUUAAUGUUCACACUACAUCUAUGUCAGUCAGGGAUCCUGCUGGACUAGAGGGGAGCAUUGUGCCCCUCGCUCAGGAGACCCAACCCCCUGCCAUUCCCAUGCAGCUCACUGACAUCAUUCCCCAGCCAGCACCCCAGCAAACACAGCCUGUCAUGAUCCCUCAGACUAUUGUCCAACAACAACAGAUAGGGAUGGAUCGGCAGUCGCAGCAGCAAAUGGAGGCCCAGGCCACUCAGCUCGAACGACCAGUUAAUGCCACUAAGCCACCAACGGAUCAUCAUCCACAGAGUCUUUCAGCUAUUGCUGUCCAGAAACAUCAACAUGAGCCUCAGCAGCAGAUCUAUGUACAGCCGCAUGUUCAUCCUGUCCACACAACUCCUCAGCAGCAAGUAUUACCUACACAACCAGGUAUGGAGCAGUGUGCUAUGUCAUUACCACAGCCAGGGGAGCAACCUCAGACUUACAAACAGCAACCAACAGGGGAUCCUCAUGAGCAGACCAUGAUACAACCACAUCUGCAACAACAGGUUCAGCAAACAGUGUUACAACAGCAACAACUGAUUGAGCAACAUCAUACGUACGUCCAGCAACAGCUUGAUCAGCAGCAACAAAAAGCACUGCUUCAACAGCAGCAACAACAACAUCAACUAGAGCAGCAGCAAGCACUUAUGCACAAGCAAUUGUUGGAUCAACAGCAGCAGCAAGCUCUUAUUCAACAGCAACAAGAGCAGCAACAACAGCAAGGUCGUGUACAACAACAGCAACAACAACAAGCACUUUUACAACAUCAAUUAGAGGAGCAACAGCCUCCUUUACAUCAACAGCAGCAGACUCAGUUAUAUCAACAAAUAGGAAUACAAAAAGAACCAGAGAAGAUUCAGCAAAGUGGACAACACCAUCAACAAAUUGUAUUGCAGCAGCAACCCCAGCAGACCCAACCGCAAAAUGAACAAUUGCAGCAGCAAGCCUUACUACGACAAAUGGAACAACAACAGCAACAAGCACUGAUACAACAGCAUCUCCAACAGCAGGCUAUUUUACAACACCAUCAGCUACAGCAGAAAGCUCAGCUAAAGCAACAGCAACAUGAGCAGCAACAAGUACAACUCAAACAUCAGAUAGAGCAGCAGCAGCAAGCCCUGUUGCAACAACAGUUCGAGCAACAGCGUCAGCAACAAUUCCUGUUACAACAACAACAAGCAGAGAGAUUACAGCAACAGGCUCUAAUACAGCAACAAAUUCAAGAGCAGCAGCAGCAAGGAGCAAUUGCUCAACUUCAGCAAACUGAGAAGCAAGAGGCUGUCCCUCUUCCACAAAGUAACGGUGAGCAGCAGAUUCAGCAGCAACCAACUGGUAUACAGCAUGUGUGUACCCUAAAAGUAAACACCCCUCAGUUCACACCUAAUACCACUCUCACGCAGCAACAAGCAAUGGAGCAAAAGCAGCAGGCAGCAUUGAUACAGCAGCAGCAAGCAUUUGUUGCCCAGACGCAGCAUCACAGCUCUGUGACUGAACCUAUUAUCCCAGUUGGAGCUCCACCCGGCAAUGAUGUGAUUCACCACCAAACUCAAAUUGUCUCACAGGCACAGGUCCCCAUGGCCGUUCAGACUACACACAUCCCUGUCCGGACACAGCAAGAACAAAGUGAGGCUCAUCCCCAGAACCAGGUUCCAGUCCAAUUUAUGGCCCAGUCCGCAGUCCAAGCAGCUCAGGCUUUGAUUGAGGCCCAAGGAACUCCUCCUGCGACUGUGAUCCAUGGACAGACCCACAUCUUGCAGACCCAGCAAAUUCCUUUGAAGACUAGUUACCCAGGACCUGCCACUCUCACACAGGGCCAGGUAACUGCUCAGCCAUUGAUCCAGACUCAGCCUCUGCACCUAACAAUUGGUCAGUCCCAGGAACCGCAUAGUCAAGGCCCAACUGUGGACAUUCAGAUGAUGGGCCAACGAGGCCUAGCUACUUUCCAGCCUCCAGCUGCAGUUACCUCAAUCCCGAGUCAGAUCCAACAUGAGACUCUUGUUCAGCAAAAUGCACAAAUGCCAGGGCUCAUGCAUCCCCAGCUCCAGCAACAUACUCAAGACCAGCCACCUAGUCAGAUGCAUGCUCAGGCUACUGCUGGUCUUUUCCCCCCGCAGUAUGUCCCUCAGCCUACCCACCAAGCCAUGCCAUCUGUACAACAGGAUAUAACUCAUAUUACGAAACAGCAGCAGCAAAAAGAGCCAGUACUGCAAUAUCAGCAGACUAUUCUGUCUCCUAGCUCUGCUGGAAGUGGUGAAACUAGAACAGAAAGUCUCAGUUCUACAGUUGACCCUGCAAACUUCGUUGCCACUCAUCCUGUGCAGCAGACUGGGCCAGCCUAUGUUCCAGGCCAAACAACACCACAUCCAAUGCCGGCCCAGCAGAAGCCCCUAGGCGGCACUGCUGACCCUUCAGUUAUUCAGUCUAUCUCCCAGCCUCCUAUGCCGCAAUCUGCAUUGCAAUACCAGCAGCAGCUACAGCUUUGUCAAACGCAGCAACCACUAGCUCCACCUUCUCUGCAGGCCCAAUUAUUGGCGCAGCCCAUCCCAACUCCCAUCCAGCAACCACUUUCUAUAAAGCAGGCUGUGAUAGCACUCAAUGAGAGUCAGCUAACCUCACAGUGCCCACCUGCUUCACAUCUGGUGAUGCAUCCUUCUGCAAAGAUAGACUCCAGUAAUGUUGCAGAGCCUCAGUCCCAGAACAGGACUCUGCCCCUCUAUAGUCACCUAUUGGCAGGCGCCCCUCCGUCUCCUCAGCACCAAGCUAAGCAGAUGCUGCCAGCUCACGCACAAAUCAGCUUUCAGGUCCAAACACACUCCCAAAUGCAGACACAGACACAACCUCAUUCUCAUACUGAGACACAAACUCAGACACCUAUUGCUGAACAACCUGUUCAACCUCAUGCUGUUUUUCCUGCACAACAAAUGCCCCUCUGCCCCUCUCGUUCCUCAUGUCCCCCAACAUCACUACCAUUUCUCCCAAUCCUACCAUCCCUUCAUCCUGUUGCCCCUGUGCCAGAGCUGCCUACUUCUCCACCAGAGGUCCAGGUAACCUUACCAAGGCAGGCCGACUUUAUACCCUCCUCCCCUCCGCCUGUCCCUGCUCUACCAGUGCUCGAAUCUAAUGCCCCCAAACUGCCCCAAGCCUCGCUGCCAGACUGUGACCUUUCCCUGCUGGCCGUUGUUCAGGAUGGUCCGUACCUGUCAAGUACAGAACAUCAUUCAUUGUCAGGGUCUGUUCCAGCUAAUGGAGAAGAAACUCUUCAGCUCUUGGCCAAUGGGAAGUUUGAGAAGUUAAAGACUCAGAGACGAGCUUCCUGCCAGAGGCCUGAGAAAGUUUCACAUCAGUUUCAACUGAGCAUGCUCCAGGUGUCAGGCAGUGGGGACAAUAUGGUGGAAUGCCAGUUGGAAACCCAUACCAACAAGAUGGUGACAUUUAAAUUUGACAUUGAAGGGGAUGCACCAGAGGACAUAGCAGAUUACAUGGUGGAGGAGGACUUUGUCCUUGAUGUGGAGAAAGAGAAAUUUGUUGAACAGCUUAGAGCCAUAGUUAAGAAAGCUCAUGAAAUUCUUCAAACACAUUCACAGACUGGAUCAACUGACCAGUUGCAUGUGAGCACUCCCACUAGCUCUUCAAUAGACUCAGUGCCCCAUUCCUCCCCAGUGGGACGCUGGCGCUUCUUUAUCAACCAGACCAUCCGCCAUAGAGACUCUCUAUCCGGUCAGGGAGCAGGCACGCCCCCACCCACUACAGAGAUGAGGAUACCUCAGUCUGCAACAGUGAGAGGUGAGCUCUACCCAGCUGUAGAAAGUGAAGGAUCCCAGAGUCUGGAGUCCUUAACUGAAAUGGCUUCUCCCCUCUGCCCUUCCACUUCCCCAUCAAUCUCCACCCCCUCAGCAAUCACUGCUCCGGCUCCUCACACAACUGCCUCUGAAAGCAUCUCUGCACCAGCCUCCACUCUUGAGGCCUCUGCCCAUGUCACUGCUUCAAGUGGUCUUUACCUGCCAGUCCUUACCUCAGCUGUUGUUGACCAGAUGUCCAGUGUUCCCUCAUCCAUAGCAAUACCUGCUGCUGCUACCCUCCCCACCUUGUCUACUGCUCCUAUUGUUGUGUCUUCCACACCCACCACCAUUCUCCAUGAUGUUCUCACUUCUCCUGGAAGCAGUGGUUGCUACAAUGUUGGUCCAAGUAUAGGGGAUACAAUGACUGCUCCAAGGUUAAAUAUGCCUGCAGUGGACCAGUCUUCAACCUCUUUUCAUUCCCCUCCUGCUGCUGCAGUGACCUCUUCUGUGGUAAGCCAACUUGACACGGAGCAGCAGGCACUCCCUCAGGUGGCCAAGCCAGCCCCACAACAGACACAACAACAGACACAGCUACAGACAAUACAGCUUGAGCACCAGGUACAGCAGAUGCAGCAGACAAUGCCACAGCAACAUCAAGUGUACCAAGAACAAAUUCAGCUGCAGCAGGAACAAGCACUCCAACAGUCUCUUCAGCAGUUACAACAUCAGCAACUAAUGCAGCAACAAAUACCACUUCAACAACAGCUGACUGACGUGCAGGUUGUGCCUCUUUCGGGUCAUACAGAGUUGUUACAACAGUCUGUGCCUCUGCAGCAGUUUCUGCCAUCAAUGCCUGUACAACAGACCCAACAACCCCUUCUUCAACAGCAAACACCACAGUAUACCCCGCAGUUGCUGCAACAGCCUCAGUUACAACAAUUACCACAGCAUGUUAUGGCACCCCAAGCUGCUGCAGCGCCUCAACAGCAAGCCCACAUUGAUCACCAACAGUUAAACCUAAAACAGACAAUACACUUACAGCAGCAGCAGCUACAGCAUCAGCAACCUCAGCUGUGUAUGAGUGCUGUGUCUUUAAAUCCAGAUCAAAGCCAAAUGCCGCCCCUGUCAAAUAGUCAACAGUUUCUUCAACAACAGGCACAGUUAAAUGUUAGCGCUGUACAGCAACAGCAGAUUCCACAACAAACCCAAAUCCCUGCUGAGCUGCCCCAACAACAUAUACAGUCACAGAAACAGCUGCAACACACUGAGCAGCAGCAAGACGUGGUUAAAGCCAUGGACACACCCAAAAAACAGCAGCAGUUUCUGCUGCAGAAGCAGUCCUCUUUACAGAUGUCAGAGGCGUCCACAGGAGAGACAAGUUUCACAGAGGACACAUGCAGCUACUCUUCCCCUUUUCAACCUUCCUCUGACUCCUCUCUGGCGCCUCUCCAGCUAGGCAUCGCUGAAGGCCCUGUCCCCGCUCUCCCCCUCACAAUGACACCAUCCCCUGCUCAGCCUUCCUCUGUGGCCGAGUCAGACAGUGAAGGCCCCCCCAAAAUUGAAUUUGUAGACAACCGCAUAAAAACAUUGGAUGAAAAGCUGAGGAACUUGUUAUAUCAGGAGUACAGCAGCGGUGCAGGGCUGACGGGUGGAACAUCUGGUCCUACAUCAAUUGCCUCCACCUCAGCAGGAGGAGAUGAGUCAUCUGAGCCACAAUCACUCCAUCACUUGUCUUUCAUCCCACCUGCCUCCUCCUCAGAUACUUCCCCUCACUCCUCCUCCUCCUCGUCCUCCUCCACCUCUUCCCGUUCCUCCUCUACCUCUCCUGACCCAGAGAGGGAUGGCAGAGGAGAGAAAGCUUCCUCAGAAGUGCCCAGCUUUGUGGAGAUGGGCCCGGUGGAACAACAGCCUGGCCCAUCUCUCCCCUCCACCUCUGCCACGUCCACCCCGCCUACCUCUCUCCUGCUUCCCAAUGACGAUGAAUCUGCUGGUCCCCAGCGUCCACCUGUACCAGGAGAACCAACCAUUGUUGCUGUACCCCCACAUUCUGAUACCAGUACCACUGGAGACGCAUCGGGGCCCCCCAAUCAGCACCCGAUCCCCUUCCGGCAUGGACAGCAGAAGCACAAUGCAGGAGGUGGAUAUUUUGGCCUAAACCUGACAUGUCCUAGUAUCAGAAAUCCUGUUAGCAAGAAAUCCUGGACUCGCAAAUUCAAAAACUGGGCGUGCAAACUGCGCCACUCCGCCAGCUUGUUCAAGAAGCCCAGAGUCCCGCAAGAUGGGUGUUCCGGCAGUCAGGCACUUAGAGAGGAGAAGGAGGCGCCACCCCAAAAUUCACCUCAUUCCCGGAAAGGAAGAUUCCAUGUAACUCCAGUUCCCCAGUCCUCUCCCCCAAAGGCUGUGCCAUCAGGCCAUGGUAGCACUCACAGGAAAGUUGGACGCUUCUCUGUAACCCAGGCCGAGACUAAGAAACAGGACAGACAGACUGACAGCUCCCCGGUGUCUCCUGAUCUGGAGAGGGAAAGGAGGAGAUCUCGUGCAAAGGAGGGAGAGAAAGAUGAAAGUAAAAGGACCCCAGCAAUGGCUCACCUGCCUCGGGGUCAUGGGCACAGCCACUCACCUCCGGACAGCAGUGAUGAUGAGGAUGAUGAUGAGUGUGAGCUAGAGGAUGAAGAUCUGAGAAAAGAACUACACAAGCUUAAAAAGAAGCACAUUAAAGAGGUGGUAUCCCUUCAGUCCCAGCAGAACAGAGAGCUGCAGGAGCUGUACAGACAGCUUCGUUCCCUCAAAGACCAAAGACAGAGUCUGCCCGCCUCCCUGUCUCGGAUCCCUCCUUUUCCCAUGGGACCUCCUGUACUCUCCCCUCGUAGGCCCAGGCCAGCCAAAAUCAGGAUCCGACCCCGGCCUCACUCUCACAUGGAUAACAAUGGAGUUACGCACUCUGGGAUUCAGCAGUCAAGUAGUUUAUCAGGUGGUGAACAGAGUACAUUGCCUCAAUACUGUAACCCAGAACACUGCACUUCACUGCCUGCUAAAAGAGAUCACAGUCCUCUAAGAAAAAGCACAUUCACAGAUGAACUGCACAAACUCGUUGAUAAUUGGACGAAGGAGACGGUGGGUCCCGCCCCGCCCAAGCCAUCGCUGAAUCAAAUCAAGCAGAUUCAGCAGGUGCAGGAGUUAGGAGGCUGGAGCCAGCCGACGGAGGUGGCUCCACCAGGUUGGUUUCCAGUGGCAUCACUGAACCCCCAGUCAACCCCAACCCCUGCCAGCUUGCCUGUAGCAGCCCCUGCCCAAUACCCAGGUGGAGGAAGCCUGCCCGCCCUGCACUCUCCGGGACCACCACUGCAAACGCACAUGGCUCAAGUGCCAGCAAUGCAGCAAAGUUUACAUCUCCAUCAGUCUCACCCCCUCCAGCAGAUGACCUAUCAGCAGUCCCCACUCUGCCAGCAGAUACCACAGCCCCAGAUGCAAACUGCCAUACAGUCCCAGUCACUACAACAGACACAACCCAUCACCCAGCUGCCCCACUCACCACCUCAAAGCCAACCACUACUGCCUUCCCAAUUGUCCACAUCUUCAGUGUCCACAGCUGUGUCUAUGCUACCUGGCAGUGUCACGUCUGCACCCACAGAUAGCACUGCUACUACUGGGGGGACAUUUUGCUCCUCCUCAACCUCUUCCUCCUCUUGCUCUAAUGUUGCUCUACCUUCCAGUGCCAAAAUUCACCCAACACCCCCUACCUCUACUCUUCCUCUGGGACAGAAAUGAAACCGAGGUGAAGUGUGAGGUCUAUAUGAAGGUGCAAGAGAAGGAAAUACUAAGUGGAUCAGGAUGUAAAGCAGAUCCACUUUCAGUGUUAGUUCUGUGUAUGCAUGAGAUAGUCGUUGCUCCCAAUGAGUAUAUGGAUUCUAGUGUAUUGCUGGAUGAGAUACAGGGAUUGUGAGAGAUGAUAAGAUGAGAGAUUCUAGCAUGUACAGAUGAGGGGUAAUAUGGAACACAGCAGCUGGGGUUCAUGAAUCCUGGAAUGUUUGGGUGUUGAGAUGUAUUAAUUCCUAAAUAUAUGAGUGUGGGUGAGUGUUUAUGGAUUAUCCGAGUAAAUAUCCUUUGUGUUCUUUUACACAAUUAACAUUCAUGUUUUUGUUUUCAAACCUGAUUAGUUGGACAUGACCUCACAAAAUAUUUGACAAUGUGUUUAAUUUGUUAAUGCUAGAUACAGUGAAAGUACUAUCAAUUCUAAAAGUGCAAUUAGUAAUGGUCAUCUAAAUUGAUCAGCAUGUAUUGUAUGGAUUUGUCAGUAAGGCAUAACAUAUUUUUGUAAAAGCACAUUGAUGAAAACCAGAUGCAUAGAGGAUCUUUUCAUGAUUGUUACAUGAUCUUUUAAAAAUGUAGGCCUACAGCACAGAGCAUGAUAGAGUUACCUGGCUACCAUCAUUACCACAAUGCUACUAAACACACUAUUGCAGCGUUGAGCUACAGCAUGUGCUUCAUUUGUAUUAUUUUAUGUUUAGCAGUUGUUACAUAAAAACAGUCUGAAUUACCAUAAAUUCAGAUGAGUUCAUAAUAUGAUGGUAAAUUGAAAUAUGCCACCUAUGUUCAGUUGAUACCUGGGUCCGGGUCCGGUCAGAAUGCACGACCUUAUGACUAUCUUGACUUGCCCUUACUGUAUAUUCAUGAACCUCACAUUUACCAUUUGCAGCCUACUGAGAAAAUUCCUCAGUCAUGAGUAGGCUACAUUUGCUUUCGGUAUGAAAUGCUUUAGUAUUUAAAAUUUUAGUUUUUAGUUUGAGCUCCACAUAUCAAAGUAUAGCACGGUGUCAUGCUGAGGAGGACGAUGGAAAAAGA